UUCCUUGUAAAAGUAGAGUUAUGGUGCAUCUGUUCUGUUCUGUGAUUGGCUGCUUCUGUUUCACCCUUCACGUGAUAAUUCUCCGUCACACAGCAGAGAGAGAAGUCAAGAUGAUAGAUGUUGAUGAUAAUUAUGAACUGAUUAAUGUCCAGAGAACUAUAUUAAUAGAAGACUGUCCAAGCCUUCUGUGUGAGGAACUGGAGGAUUUGUCAAAAAACAGCAACCGAGGGAACAUGAGCAGGAGGAGGAGGAGGGAAACGGAGGAGGAAGUGUUUAGUCAGUGGGAGGAUGAAGAGGCAGCAGAGGAGACAUGGCGAGAAGAGAAGGACGGGGAGGGGGGGAAAGAAGAGAAAGUUGUGACAGAGGGAGAAGAGGAGGAGCAGGUGAAGCCUGAGAGUAGGCUGAAAGUGGUACAGGAGGUGCAGAUGGAAGACGACAAGAUUGAGAAGGCCAAGGAAACAAUUGCUGAUGAACAAGAGAGUAAAGUGACAAAGCGCUUAGCACAAAAAGAUGAGCAGAAGAAGAGUAAGAACAAGCGAGGUAGGAAGCAAAGUGAGCAGGUGAGAAGUAAGGGAGGAGUAAAGGAUGUUGGUGAGAGGUCUGAGGAGGAGAAGACAAGUGAGACACAGGAGGUGCCAGCGAUGAGCUCAGAGGAGACCUCGGCUCUGACAAACAGCUGUGACCUCUCUGACCCACUCUACUUGGGGUUUGUGGGGACAGGGCUGUGUUGUCCCCAGUUCCCAUCCCCUGCUGUACUCCUCACAGCCUCCUGUCUCCAUCCAGCCCACAUGUCCUCAGCCACAGAGUAA